AUGUCAACAGUGACUAUCAGUCUACCGGGUCUACCACCCAAGUACCACACCCUGUCUACAUCCUCCCCCUUCCCUACCCCCUGUACUGUUACGAAAGAAAAGCUCACCCACUAUGUUCACGAUCUCAUUUCUUUCCUUGCAGAACCGAUGGUAGCGGAGUUGACGGGGUUACAUCCUAACCAGUUCGCGCUUUCCGACCUAAUGCAAAGGAAGAUUGAGUGGGGUGGAUGGGUAGAGCUGUUAAGUGGCGGUGAAGAGAGACUAAGCUCGAGAGGUGAAGUUGAAGGGAAUACCAGGUCGUUGGAUUCUUGUACAGAGGGGUUGAGUGACGACGCUUUGAGAGGACUGGUUAAGGAUGGAAUCCUUCCUCCAUCUGCUCCUCAGGAACUGGUGAAUCUAGUGAAUUACGCUCGUAUGCUUUCUCUCGAUCGGACGGUCGGUUCGCCGAUCUUUGCUCCAAGGGCAGCACAAGGACUUAAUUAUAAGGGACUUACAGCCAAGAAAGCACAUGAGGUCCUACAGCUAUCGAAGGUGAUUUAUGAAGUUUUGGGAGAGCAGCAGUCGCGGGUGGCUAAUGGUGGCGAGAGCGGUGACCCAAGGGGUGACACUUCUCGACCCCGAUAUCGUGUGGUUGACGUGGGUGCUGGUCAAGGAUACCUCUCGAGACAAUUGGCCUUCCCUUACGCUCGGCAGAGUCAGAGCAGUCCGGAUUUGGGUGUCACAUCGUUGCCUCCAAUUGAUGUCUUAGUUAUCGAGUCAGAGAGUCAUCAGCUUGAGGGAGCUACUCGGAGAGAUGCAGUGCAUGUGGGGGGAAACAUUAAGCUGGCGGAACGGGAUGGUCGAACGCGUCGUUCUGGCACCGGCCCGGGUCCUGUCCCUGGUGAUUUCCACGACGCCUGUUCUCAAGCCGCAGGUCUGGGAUCCACGGACACUAUUGGAUCCCUAACAUAUAAACAGGCACGGAUAUCGAGGGACAACCUUAGGAAGGAGAUAUAUUCUUGGAUCCGCGAGAACAUUUCUGGUACGGCAACGCAAGAUAAUACGGAGGGUGAUAGCCCAGGUACUACAGCUUUGCUUCUAACAGGAUUACACGCCUGCGGAUCACUUACGCCCUCUAUACUGCAUUCGUUCCUCGAUCUUACGACCCACCGAUCUGGAAGUCAUGCCAGUACGACGGCGGAUGAUUCCAGUUCUGAUUCGCCCGGUUCAAAGGUGAGAGACCUGUUGAAGGCCGAGGACGUUUCGCUUGUUGUGGUGGGUUGCUGUUAUAAUUUAAUGACGGAUGAAGACUUCCCACUUUCCAAGGCCGUCCAUCAAUUUUGGGAAGAAAAGGGCGCUUCCGCUUCUACCUCGUCUACCGGACCUUCCAUCGUUACCACUACCACCCCACGUCUAACACGCCAACACCUCCAACUAGCCUGCCAAUCUCCUUCUCAAUGGGUUCUCUCGGGUAAAUCAUGGUCCGAAGCAUCCCUCGCUAGACGAAAAGUUGUUUACCGUGCGCUGUUGGGGAGGUAUGUGCAAAGGGUGCACGGUCACGAUGUGGUCAGAGUGGAUGAUAAUCGUGAUGGUGAUAGGGGUUACGGCGGCAGUUGUGAAGGCGAUAGGGAUGAGGGAGAGAUGCUGCCAGGCUCAGGUCCUAUGUCUAUUCACGGGAAGAGACUUGGACGGAUGCGAGAUUCUGUGUAUUCGAGUUGGGAGACGUUUCUGAAGAUAGCGUUGGAACGAUUUGAUCUCCCUCCGACGGUCCCGCUACCAUCGUCGCUGCCUUCUCAUAACCACUCAAAUGCAGGUAAAGAAAAUCCGAGGACAGGGAUAGACGAUCUCUUCCCCAAAAAACUUUAUAGACAAAUCGAACUCCUGCAUGUUCUUCAAGCGCUCGUGGGACCUGUUAUUGAGAGUCUGAUCGUUGUUGAUAGGGUGCUAUAUGUUGCGGAAGGGUUGGAGAGGUUGGAGUGUUGGAGUGGGGAUGGGCAAGGGGAAUGGGAUCCGAAAAAGGAGAGGGAAGCAGGGAAGUGGAGGGUUGAGGGGAGGAAUGUGUUUUCUAUCUGUUCGGGAAGUGCGAGGAAUGUAGGUGUCGUUGUUUAUUGGGAAGGGAGAGGGACGAGAGGAGAUAACGGCCCCUGA